GUUAAGCUUCUAGGUUUUUGUAGUGAAGGAGAAGAAGAUAUUCUUAUCUACGAGCAUGUGUCUAAUUCAAGUCUUGAUCACUUCAUAUUCGAUGAAGAGAAGCGUGUGCUACUAACAUGGAAUGUGAGGUACAGAAUCAUUGAAGGAGUUGCUCGAGGUCUUCUUUAUCUACACGAAGAUUCUCAGCUAAGGAUUAUACACCGAGACUUGAAGGCGAGCAACAUUCUUUUAGAUGCUGAGAUGAACCCUAAAGUUUCAGACUUUGGGAUGGCGAGGUUAUUUAACAUGGACCAGACUAAAGGAGUGACAAGGAGGCGCGUUGGAACCUUGGGCUAUAUGGCUCCUGAGUACGUUAAGAACGGAAGAUUUUCAGCCAAAACAGACGUUUACAGUUUUGGGGUUGUGCUUUUGGAGAUGAUAACCGGUCAAAGUAAUAAGAACUACUUUGAAUCCUUGGGGCUACCCGCAUAUGCUUGGAAGUGUUGGGUUGCCGGCGAGGCUGCGAGUAUCAUUGAUCCUGUUUUGAGUAGGACCCCGACAAAUGAAAUCCUUAGAUUCAUCCACAUUGGUUUGCUGUGCGUUCAAGAGAAUGUUACAAAGAGACCAACCAUGAGUUUGGUUAUUCAAUGGCUUGGUAGUGACACUAUCGUGAUUCCUUUACCUACCAUUGCUGCUUUCACCACGACUGAGUUGCAUAAAACCGAUGCAAUGAAUCAAGCCAAAGGUGAAGUUGGUACUCUGUCAUUGAACAAGUUAUCAGUCAGCGAGUUAAGUCCUCGUUGAAUCGAAGACCUCUAUGUGAACUCAUGCAUACAUGUAAUGAUUAAUCUUUAAAAUACAUUAAAAGAACAUU